GUGACAAGUCCGCUCACCAAACGGCACCAAGAACGACUAUAAAACGAUCUGGCUCGUGACACAAACGACAUCAUUCAGCAGUUGAGCGUUCUAAGUGUAACACAAGUGAAUCUGCUACAAGUCUGCCACUUCUUAUCAGCAUUUCAAAAUGGUUUCAAAGAUCUCCAUCGUCGCUUUCGCAUUGCUGCUGGCGAACGUCCAUGCACAGCAGUACGGUCAGCAGUUGGGUCGUCGAUCGCAGGAUCGCUUGAACCAGCUCCGAUCCUACGACGACGGGGCACGAUCCUCCCGCAACUACAACGACCAGUACAACGAUCAGCGCUACCUGGGUCGUAACCAGGACCAGGACCUUCAGGACCGCCGUGAAUCCUCCGACUACGAUCGCGACGACUACAGCUAUGGAUACGCCGUGCGGGAUGAGCUGUCGGGUGACAUCAAGAGCCAGCAGGAAACACGCAACGGCGAUCGAGUGCGAGGCCAGUAUCGAACGCUCGAGUCGGACGGCACGGAACGCAUCGUCGACUAUACCGCUGACGAUGUGCGCGGAUUCAACGCAGUCGUACGCCAUCAGCCGUCCGUAGGAUCGCGUGCACAGAUCGUACACACCCUGCAGCCGGCCCUUUUGCUCAGACAACCGCAAACCGCUGGACAGCUGGUGUCGGGCAACAAUCGUCCAACUCUGCUCACCACUCCUCAACAAACUUCCACCGUUCUGCUACGCAACUGAUUUCCUGCCAGUCUAAUCAUGAAUCAUGAAGUGCCCACCUGAAGAAUGCCGAUAAUGUUAAUUCAAUAAAAAUGCCUUCACCAAA